UGCUUCAUUAAACGUGCUGCGUCACACACAUUCAUCUGAUUAGUACGUCAUUAAUGUGAUUAGUGUGAAGCUGCGGAGUGGAGGUUGUUGUUAUUAGUCUCCGGUUGAGCUAAUGUUCACCAGCUAACUCUAACUUACCGUUAGUUAAAGUCUCUGUGGAAACUAGUUAGCUAAACUAGUUAACCCAAACACAGCAGGCUAACAGCCAGCUAACAACAAGCUAACACAUCUGUGCUGUGUGAGUCAGGGUUCAUCAGCAGCUACUGGGUUUAAAACACUCAGAUCCACAGAGACACACACAGACACACACACAGAGACACACACAGAGACACACACAGAGACACAGACAACUGAAGACAGACGGAGAGGAAGAGAUGGAGGGGGAGAGGAGCGGAGAGGACACGGUGUCAGACUACCUGGGUCAGAACCCAGAGGUGGCCCAGUGGGUGGAGACUCUCAGGACUUACUGUGAGAGCAACAAGCAGUGGGUCGCCCGGAGGGAGUUCCUCCUGAGGAACAUGGAGGCGUUCCCCACGGUGGAGCCCGGGCUCCCCAGCAGCAGUCUGGACCGGCUGCUCUCUCUCUCCACCGUCUGGGCCAACCACGUUUUCCUCGGCUGCAGUUAUCCACCGGCUGUGAUGGACAAGAUCAAGGAGAUGGGCGAGGGGAUAGUUGUAGAAGAUCCUCCAGUUCGCAGGAGCACCAAAGACCAGUCCACGGCCAGAGGGAAGAGAAGUGAGGGCGACGCUGACGGCUGCGUGAAAAGAGCCAAAUGUGGAACUAAUGAGCUGGACGGUCGGGGCGCAGCGUGGCCGGUGAGUCAGAAAGCAGGACCUGCUCCACACGCCCCAGCCGAGCACCAGCCCUUCUUCAACCGCCUCUACAAGGCCGUGGCGUGGAAGCUGGUGUCGGCGGGGGGCUUCGGCCCCAACCAGGACCAUUUUGAAAUCCUUCAGAGCUGCGUGGAGUCGUGUAAAGAGACCGUGACCUGCGUCUUUGUGCCGUUGAAGGACAUCACAGGCCUCCCGGCAGCGCAGACACAGAAGGAAGGCCACGUGUGUGAGAUCCGCUGUCAGUCCGUCUACAUGGGAACAGGGUACGGGCGCGACGAGGCCGCUGCCAAGGCCAUGGCUUCCAAAGAAGCUCUCAAAGUCUUCCAGGGACGGAAAGUGACAGUAAAGAUCUGCAGGCGGAGAUACAAAGGGAAAGAUGUGGAGGAUUUGAUGUUGUUUGACGAGCAGCCUCGGAGUCAGGGCUUUCCUCCGGCUCUCAGCUUCCCCUUUGAGGACGAGCAGCUGGACGGAGCGUCUUCAUAGAGACAGACACACUCACAUUGGCUGUGAUCCCAGGUGGAGAAUUAACAAGGGGCGUUUCUUUACUGAAGCUACUGAAGGAUUUCACGAUGUGUUGGGACCAGACUGUUACACAGAGUCUUACAGUAACAGAGCAUCAACGAUCACACUUCACUGUGGUCUCAAUAUACUUUGACAAACAACAAUAAAACUUUUAAAUCCGCAAAGAACAAUGUUACACUGAACUUACUUCAUUUCAACCUCUUUCAGUUGGACGAGGUUUCACUGACUGUGGAAGGACUGGUGUGCCAUCAGGUUCUAGUCAAACAGACACUGGGAAAAAGCUCAACUGCCAGUUUGGGAGUUAGAAUAACGGCAGCUUGAAACUCCACCUUAAUAUCACAGGAGAACAUGUUGCAUUACAUUGAUUUGAUUUCUGUCCCAGUGCUUCUAGAAUGACAGUACCUUGUAUAAAGUAGCAGGUGUACGGUAUGUAUAUAUAAAUCUAUAUUUCAUUGCAGUUCUUAUUGGUUCUGAGGAUUUCGUGAGUUUUUCUUUUAUUCUCCAAACUGUUGUUGAUGGAUUCAGUUUGUUCAGAGUUCCUCCGCUCGCUCACAGAGCAACGGGGAAAAGUCCUGUUAACAAAUAACAGUUUUUAAUAGUUUGUUUACAGUUCUGACAUUCCUCCGGUUCAGAUUCUGGCAUCAAGAUACAAAAUAAUCCCCUUUUGAUUUUCUUUAGGGCAGAACUGGACUGUGAGGAUAAGAAUUAGAAGUUGAAAUAAACGGAUUGAAAGGAGUUCAGUUUGAAUCAGCUGAUUGAAAACAUGCUACACACUCGUUUGUUUUAGUUUGUGCAGUUUUCAUGUUCUUCUCUAAAACGUGAUCAACUACAGUUCCCAUCACACUGUGUGCAUUUAUUGAAAUGCAUCUAUGAAUUCAAAAAGAGAACGAUCACAGUGGAUCCAGCCUGUACUGUUGUGAAGUGCUGCUGUGAUUAGUUUGUUCUUCAUUUCCUGUCCUGGUUUUAAUGAAGUGUGAAGUAUCGACACUGUUUCUGUGUGUUUACACCAAUGCUCCUGUUUCUAUAUGUUUUUUAAAUAAACAUAAUUUAAGCAAA